CCGGCGACAGCACCAUCACCAGUUUUCCAAUCGACACCGCCGCCGCCGCUUUGUACGGAAACUCCACAACACUAUUACAAGGCUUAUUAGCCGGCGGAGGCAGCGAGCAACAGCAAGUCUCAGGAGCGGGUAUGAACUUCCCAUACAAUACCCAUUUCGGAAUGAACUCCAACGAGUUAAUGGCGGCAGCAUCAUGGUCGAACUCCAAAGUACCUCCGUUCUUAAGAAACUCACCACCAAAAGGAGCAGCACCGACGCCAGCACAGAGUCAGUUACAGUUUUCUAACAACACAGCAUUCUGGAACGCGUCAGACAUGAAAGACGCGAGGGCGAGUUAUAUUCCGGCGUCGUACAACGCUGCAGCCUUGGCGGGAGAUAAAUCAAAGAGUAGAUCAGAGGGUGGAAAGAAAAGUGGGAAUGAUCAGAAUCAACAACAAACGGGUGGCGGCGCCGGCGGUGGUGGUGUUGGUGGUGCGGUUAAAAGGCCUCGAAAUGAAACGGCGCCGGGAUUGCCAGCGUUUAAGGUGAGGAAAGAGAAGAUGGGGGACAGAAUCACUGCGCUCCAACAACUGGUCUCACCUUUCGGAAAGACUGAUACCGCUUCAGUGCUGUCUGAAGCCAUUGAAUACAUAAAGUUCCUCCAUGAACAAGUCAGUGUAUUGAGCACUCCAUAUUUGAAGAGCGGUGGUGCAGUACAGCAGCAGCAGCAGCAGAAAUGGUGUGAGAAAAGGAAGGAAGGAGAAGGAAAAGAAGAGGAUCUAAGAAGCAGAGGGCUUUGUUUAGUUCCAGUUUCAAGUACAUUUCCGGUGACCCACGAAACCACCGUCGAUUUCUGGACUCCAAGCUUCGGAGGAACCUUCCGAUAAGACACCAAACCCCCUUCUUCUUAUUAUCAUUAUUAUUAUUAAUACUCAAUUAAAACUAGUACAUAUCUUAUCAUAACCCUUCAUACCAACAUUAUUAUCAUUAUUAUUCCUGGAUUUUGAUAAGAUCACCGGGGGAAUGCACCCACUAUUCUCCUCAUUACUGUACUAGUUCUUCCUCAAACACAUAUAUAAUAUCUAUAUUUCUCUUUUUUUUA